AAUAAAUAAAUUUGAAAUAGAACAAACAUGUGAAAGACGUUGAAAAUAAAUAAUUAACUCACCGAAUUCCCUUAACUUUAAUAAAGUUAAUGAAAGUUGAUGAGUUACACAAACUCACCGAAUUCCCAACCUUCUCUUCUUCCCAGUCCCAUUAAUUUUGUAUUCCACUUGCUACUUCUCCUCCCCUAUAAAUUUUCACACAAUCAAUCCCAGCUCUCAUCACCAAAUUAAAUAUCAACACAAUGGCUGCUUUCCCCACGAAGCUCGUCGCAGUUGUCCUGGCCGCUAUGCUAGCGUCCCCCCUCAUGAUUUCGGCAAGAUCAAGAUCAAGCCUGGCAGCGCGGCUGAAAGUGGCGGAAGAGGAGCCGAGCAGUUGCUGGGACGCGUUGUUGGAGCUUCAAUCUUGCAGCGGAGAAAUGGUUAUGUUCUUCCUCAACGGGGAGACUCAGCUCGGGGAAAACUGCUGCAGCGCCAUCAAAGUGAUAGAGCGUCAGUGCUGGCCGUCCAUGCUCGCAACCCUCGGCAUUACUCCCGAAGAAAGCAACGUUCUCCGCGGCUACUGUGAUGCCGCUGCCGCUCCUCCGCCUGCAUCCAACUUGGAUAAUUGCUACAACUUCCCACGCUUGCAACACUAAGUGUUAUCAAAAUAUAUAUGCUCUAAAUAAUUAAAUAAACCAAUUAUAUUGCUAAAAUCUCUUUAGAGUGUUGUUUAAUGGUCACACUAUCAUUGUUUUUAUUAUCUCCGAAAACAAAUUAUGACGAGAUUAAUUUUCAACUUUCAUAGCA